AGUGUUGGGCCUGGGCCUAUAAUUAAAUAGAGAGAAAAAAAAUCAUAGGCCAAAUGGGCAAUAGCCCAAUCGGCCACCUCCUCCCAUUAUUAUUCCUUCCCUCCCAAUCCAAUUAAUGGCCCAAUCCCCAAAUUAAUGGCCCAAUUGCCAUUUCCCUGUCCGUAUCCCAAGCCCCAGCGACCCAUCCCCAUUACUCCCCCUGUUCCCUCUUCUCUCGCUCGCAAGUCGCAAAAAAUAUAAUCCCCUGUUCCCCCGUAGCACCCCUCAUCAGCCUACAAACUUGCAUUACUAUCAAGUCGAUUUAUUCUAUGCAGUUAUAGAUUUGCAGUUGCAAGAAUUGAAUACUCGAUUUGGUGAGGUGAACACUCGAUUGUUGGACUGCAUUUCUUGUUUUAGUCCAGGUAACUCUUUUGCUUCUUUUGAUAAAGCAAAGUUGAUGAGUCUUACUGAGUUUUAUCCCGAGGAGUUUCCAUCCAAUGUGCUCUCACGACUUCAUCAACAAUUGGGGGGCUACAUUUCUCAUGUCAAGGAGGAUAAGAGCUUUGAUGGAUUGCGAGGAAUCGACGAGCUAGCUAGGAAAUUGGUGGAAAGGGGAAAGGACACUCUUUAUCCUUUAGUUUACUUGCUGUUAAAGUUGGUGUCGACCUUACCUGUGGCAACUGCAAGCUGUGAAAGAGCAUUUUCAGCUAUGAAGAUAAUCAAGAACGAUCUUCGAAAUCGGUUGAGUGACCAAUUUAUGAAUGAUUGUUUAGUUGUGUAUAUUGAAAAAGAUUUGCUUUGCAGCAUAUAUAAGUGAUGAAUGUAUUUUAGAGACAUUUCAGCAGAUGAAAAGUCGUCGCAGUUCGUUGUAAACAUGAUUACAUGACAUUGUGAACUUUAUGAAUUAAUUUCUUUUAAUUUUUACUUAAUUUUUAAUUUAAUUUAAUUAUUAUAUUUUAUCGGCGACACACCUCUCCGACAAUCCUGAGUCCGCCACUGUAUACACCCAUUACAUUCUCAAAUUUCAUUCCUCAUCUUCCUCCGGCCAACUGGCCGGGGCCACACUAGUUAGUAAUCAAAGGAGAAGUCCAUUUAUGGAACGAAUGGAUUGUAUAUGGAAAACCACAGGAAGGGCUCCAAUCUGUUAUCUGUAACAGCCUUUCGAAUUAGAGCACGUUUAGCUCCUGAUAUUAGGUAAGAAACACUAUCAUUAAGGUUUAUCUAUGUAUAUAUGUCCGAUGGCUGCACUAAACAGCAAAUAAAUGAUUUGCUGCUGCUUCCAGGAAACUUCCAAAAUCUUGGAGUUUCCAUUCCUUGGGGAUCACUCACCACACCAGCCAUCUUCUCCCCCCUCCAAUUCACCAUAUAUUUUUUUUUUCUUUAUAUAUUAGUCUCUUCUCCCUCGAGCUUUUCGUCCAACAACAGGUUCACUUCAUAUCCACCUCACACGGCUGGUCCGUCCGCCCCUUUUGCAAGGGGAGAUAUGGAGUAUCAAAUUGCGGAUCUCCACAUCGAGCUCCCGUGCCGGAGAAUGCUCGCCGAUGCCGUCGCGCCGUCGGGAGAAGGCCCCAGCAGCCUGACGGCGAGAAUCUUGCUCACUUGCGGAACAUUCGCUAUUCUUUUCACGGUUCUCUGCCUCUUCGUGUUCUGUUUCUUCAAAUUCUGCCCGGCCUCCCCCGAACAGGGCACCGAUCGCCGCUCCGAAUCGAAUAGGAAAGCGGCGGUGGAGCAAGUUCUGGCGACGUUUCCGGAGUUCGCCUACAGCGCGGACGAAUCGCAGGCGGCGCCGUCUUGCUCGUUCUCGGCGGUGUGCUCGAUCUGCCUGGAGGAGUACGAGAUCGGGGAUUGCUUGAGGGUGCUGCCCAAUUGCGACCACGUGUUUCACAGGGGAUGCAUCGAUCUCUGGCUCUCCACCCGCUCUUCCAGCUGCCCGAUUUGCAGGGAUCAAGCGGUGGCUCGGCAUGACGGGGAUUCCACCGCACCCGGAGGAAAUUGCAGAAACGGAGGAGGGCAGAGUCGUCCGGCUCCAUUUUUGAACAUGAAUUUCGGCGGUGACCUUCUGUGAACAGCGCGUGUAGAGCACAAUGAAUUCGGGAGUCGGCUCUAUUUGUGUUUUUGCUGACCAAAUUUUGCGGCGAAGGGAAAAUCUUUCUUUAAUUUUUAGGGUAAACAGAUUCGCUUCUCCUAUGAUUAUGAGUCAAUCAUUACUGAUAGAGUGUACAGUGCGGAUUAAGAUUCAAGGCUUGUGAACCUUUUUACUUCACUUCAGAUUUCAUUUUUUGCUCGUCGAGUUCAGUGAGCAAUGCAUCAAACAAUAACUCAAACAAAUUUGCAACCUGCUACACUAUUUUUUUGUUUUUUUUUAUCAGAGAAAAGGGUGCAUAGCACCACUAUCUCAAAUUAACAUAAAAUACAAUGAUGCGUUGCCCCUCCAAGUCUAUCAUACAUGUUCAAAUGAGUAAGAUCUGGAUCUGAAAGAGAAAUAACAUGAGCGACCCUUUCUAGCUGUGCAAUCCGCUAAGCAUUGCCUUCUCUGUAUAUGUGAACUACCCAAACCUGCCAAUCACGAUCCACGAGGGCUCGCAAACGCAGGACGAGGGAAGCGUGUUGGUGGUUCGGGUCUUCCUGGCUACUGCAGCGGUGGAAUCAAGCCAAACUUCCACCUUUCAAUGACCGAGAUGGCUUGACACCUCGAGACCCUCAAUGAUACCUCUCACUUCGGCUCUGGUAAGGGAAUAUAACUUCCUAAGUUCAUAGCAUAGGCACCCAACAACCGAUCAUGCAAAUCUCGCACAACUCCUCUGGCUGCUGCUUAUCGGGAAGAUGAGAGUAACGAACCGUCGAAGUUACUUUGACCGACUCCUCUUGCGGUGCCGGUCUCCACCCCACGUCCAGGCUUCGACGGGAGUAUGUUGAUGGAUGACUCCUUAGUUGAGAUUCUCUCCUAAGCAAAGGUUCUUUUGCUAAUCUCAUUGGGUGCCGCUGCUAGACCUAAAAAGAUGUCCUCAUUCCCAAGACGGACCUAAAAAUCUGGCAACGAAAGAUGGGAAAAGAGCCAAUCGAAGAAAGGUACCGUGAAGAAGUCAUGUGUGAUCUGACCAGGAUGGAGAGUCCGCCAAACAACCCUCGCCGUUGGGCAUUUUCGUAGGACAUGGUCUUCUGUUUUUUCAAUUCCCUGGGAAAUGUGGCACAUGUUGGAAAAAUGUGACUAAAUUACACGUUUGGUC